AUGGUCGAGGAUGCCUUGGUAUCUCUCGUUGGAAAGAGCCCUUCGGAACACCAACCACGCUUACAGCCUGCCCUGCGCAUGCUGGAAAAUUGGAUGAGGGUCGAGGACCAGGGUACACUCCCCAAAUCGUCUCUCGAGACAUCUUUGGAAAAUCUCAGCUCAACUGUCUCCAGCGUCAUUUUGCUCCAGCCCGACGCAUGCCGCGUCAUCGGCGUGAACGAGGUGCUGGCCAUCCUUCUGCUGGCACGCAAGUCCGGCGUCCCGAUUGUGCCGCACUCCGGUGGUGUUGGGUUGCCCAAGUACACGCAGUACCUGAGCACUAUUGACUACGUGGUCGUCACAGGCAAGAAGAGGGUGCUGGAGUAUGUGGAUCACCUGCAUAAGCACUUUGUGCACCCGUCCAGCGUGAAGGAGGGGUACUACGUGACUCCCAUGGAGCCUGGAUAUAGUGUGGAGAUGAAGGCUGAGAGUAUAGAUGCGUUUGCGUUCCCUGGCGAGGAAGGGAAGAGUUGGUGGAUGCCGCAGGAGGCGAAGAUUAUCCUGGAUAGACCUCGGGUGGUAUAA